AUGGAAAAGAUACCAAGCAGAGCCAAGGUGCUUAUAGUUGGCGAUUCUGCUACUGGCAAGACUAGCAUCAUGAAUCAAGCCACCAUGAACAUUUUUGACAGACGAUAUGAGAAGACAAUUGGAAUCGAUUUUAGAAUUACUAAAUGGGAUGAAGGCAAAGAGCUUGUAACACUUCAGAUCUGGGAUACAGCUGGACAGAAACUUUAUAGACCAGCGGAUAUGAAUUAUUUUCAUAAAAGUGACGCGGUAGUAGUUGUUUAUGACAUUACCAAUAGAGAAUCCUUUGAAGAAGUUGAUAAGCAUUUCAAUGACAUUGAAAAGCUCAUUCCAUAUGUUGAGACAAUUGUCUUAUGUGGAAACAAAUCGGAUCUGGAAGAUGACAGACAAGUAUCCUAUGAUGAAGGCAAACAACUUGCUGAAUUCUACGGUAUUCCAAUGUUCUUCGAAACCUCUGCAAAAGAUGACGCAAACAUAUCUUCUCUGUUCACAUUUAUCUCUAAUUCCUAUCUGGAGUCCAAGAGGAAUUUCCUUUCUGACCAAAUGAGUCUUAAAAAUUAGGUUUGUGUAAUAUCUGUUUCUAAAUUCUAGCACCAUGUUUGAUAAACUUCAUUCCAAGGCAUGGUAUAUUUCAGUUGGUGUGUGCAUAUAAGCUUUAUGUAGCCUAAUUAGGUUUUGCUGAAGAAUGCAAUAUUCAGAAUUAGCAAACUACAACAAUAUCCAUUCCGAUCUUU